GUACUUUCGAUUUGACACUCUCUAUAAGCAACCAAUAACACAAACGUCUUGGCAAUAAAAAACAAAAUUCUCAACACACACAUUUGAGUUUGUAGGCGAGAAACAAAACGUGAAAGGCAGCCAAACAAAAAAGGACAAUGUUGUCAUUUGCCUUCUGGAAAUACGAGACAAAGAAAGCACAGCGAGAUAAUGUCUCGCAAAUCUGGAAGGAUUUGAAUGCAACAUUUGUAGCCUUUCUCGGCUGGAGCUGGUUAAUCUACUCCAUCGCCGUUGUUGUCAUCUCAAUUUGCGGUUAUUUCGCCUACUGCGAGAGCUGCCGUAGAACAGAAGUUGUACGCCGUAGACGUGUCAUUCAGCGCGCUCAAGAAAGACCUCCACAAAAGCGACGCCCCAAUGCCGCCUACCGUGAUCAUCAGAUAUUUCGUUACAUCAUCCUCAGCCUGGCCAAGUAUAUGAAGAAUCCAGAGGGCGUGCGACCAUUUAUUGAUCACAUGGAUCAUUUGUAUCCGCUGCGGCACUCACAGGCCGAAAUGGCGCUCAACAUUGGUCACAAUAGCACAGAGGCUAACGUUAUGGAAGAUUGAGAGUGUGCACGCUGUUCUUGCCCAGCUCUAACUACAAACUGCUGCUAUCAACGCCAAGAUAUUUGUUUAAAUUUUUUUUUAAUAGAUAUUUGAUAGACGAAAUUGUAAUUGCUUUGCUUUUUGGU